AUGCUGAGACGACCUCCAGCCGUGAUUUAUCUGACUGAAGAUGAUCUUCAAUUCCACCUACCACGAAUCUUCGCUCAGUCCCUCCCAGUCAAUAUUGACCACCUGAGCCUCGAGGAAACGGACGAGAAUGGUGCUGAUCAAGACCCAACCUCUGAAGUCCAACAGCCCUCGACCAACGAUCCUACCGGUCGGUUCGAUCCUCAUCAUCCUCUGCAUGGCUCGAAUGAGAGUCUCUCGUGCAUGACGCGCUCCUCUCCAGCUGUAGCUCGGACGCACCCAGCGUCCCUCCCUGCUUCGAUGAUGAAUGGUUCGACCCACCGAACUAUUGUUGACCCAAACCAGGCUUCCACAACUGCUGCCACCACGGCCCAACUGAUAUCAUCUAAUCUCCCACAGACUCGAGCUUCCCGGCUUCGAGAGCCCUCGCCCUCGCCCUCGCAGCCAAGGACCGAAUUGACCAUCCCGCCACAAGAGUUUCUAGAUCCCCACAUCCUCCCAUCCCCAGACCGCAAGAAAGGUCGGUCUGCUGUCCCUGGAAGUCAAAACUGA